AUGGUUCCCGAAAUUGACUUUGUAGUCUCAGGUGUGCUGACAGCCGUCGCAGGCAAAUACUACACAAUGUGGCGUGUAGCUCCCACAUUGGAUGAUGGCAGUGCUGCAUCCGCAACUAACAAAGAGAAAAAAGAUCAACCAGAUAAUCAAACUCGUCUGGGGAAUAUGAUUGUUCCUACAAAUGCGUUUCAAAAGACUCUGUCUGAUGUUGUGACACGGCCACGUAUCCAACAAAGAUUGGGCUCCUUUAUUGCCCCCAUGCUACCCCUGUUUCGAGCCGGUAUCAUUGCCGGUACAAUCGGAUAUGGCGUUACUGCCAUUAUGAUUAGCUUGAGGACGAUCUACUUGCCCAACUAUGUUCCUGCCACUCAGAAUAUGAACGUAUUACAUGCCUGCUUGUUCACGGGAGGAUUCAUGGCCAUUGUCAGCAACGUGCGAUACCAAGUGCUGCAGGGGAUUGUGGAACCCUCCAUUGAUCGAUUGUUCCGAAACAUACCGUCACUCCGAGGUAUCCUGAUUCUUGCCUGUCGGUGGGCCAACGGAUUAUUAGGAUCCAUUUUAGCCAUCAGUGGCAUGAGAGCAUUGGGCUUGCAGCGGUUAAAAUAA